AUGGACUCGUCGACUUCGUCUGGGUCGUCGGAACCUGUGACUCCACCAUUCAACCGCAAUGCUACCUGGACCGCCACCCGCAGCGCCACUGCAGCCACCCCUGACAAAGAGUCGACACCCACCACCAGCACCACUACGACGACCACUCCUUCGUCUCUACGCAAACGCUUUGCAUCCUUCACACGCUCUGCGGGCAAGUCGGCUUCCGGCUCGCUAUCCGCCGGUGCCACACCACCCUCUACGACACCGCCCAGCGAAUCCACGCAACGAAUCGAAAAGCUUGACCUGCACAGAGGCGCAACAUCAGGAACAAGCACACCGAAACAAGGCGGUGCAUCGUCGUCGUCACUCCAUGCCCCCUCGGCACCGGCGUCACCUAGACCAAGCUCUACCAACAACGAAUCGGACGUUUUCAGCGCUGCUUACACGGGCCACGCCGACGCGAGUGACGAGUCGCCACUGCAGCGCGUACUGAGGAAUCCCAAUGCCAAACCGCUUCCGGGCCAUCCGGGCAAUCUGACUGCGGCGCAGGCGCACGCGCUCCAUGAGCUCACGACGGCACUCAAGCACGACGGCGCGCUCGAGAAACCAGAGUCCGACCCACCCUCGUACCAGGAGACGCAGCUGCUGCGCUUCCUGCGUGCACGCAGCUUUAACGUACAGGCGGCACGUGCCAUGUACCUCAAGGCGGAAGCGUGGAAAAAGGAGAUUGAGCUCGACCGCCUCGUGCGCGAGUUCCACUUUGACGAGCGCGACGUUGUCGCCGCGCACGGCUGGUGCAUGUACUUUCACAAGACCGACCGUCUGGGCCGACCCGUGUUCAUCCAGGAUCUCGGCAACAUGGACACCACCGCUGUGUUCCGCGAGACGACACCGGAGCGCGUAAUACAGAAUUUCGCCGUGACGCUCGAGCUCGCCGUGCGCCAUCGCUACGAGGCGUGCAGCGUCUCGAGCGGUCGCUGGGUGGACGACAACAUGAUGGUCAUCAACUUGGCCGGGCUCGGGCUCAGCACGUUCUGGGCCAUGAAGGGCCAGCUCCAGCAGCUCUUGUCCGUGUUGGACAACAACUUCCCGGAGCUCUCUGGGAGGGUGCAGAUCAUCAAUGCGCCGUACAUGUUUAGUACGAUUUGGAGCUGGGUCAAAGGCUGGCUGCCCGUGGCGACGGUGGACAAGAUCGAUAUCGCCGGUGCGGAUUACCACGCGAGCAUCUUUGAGUAUGUCGACAAGAAGGAUUGGCCGAAGCAUUUGGGCGGUGAGUGCGAGUGUCAGGCGGAGAAGGGGUGCAGGAAGAGCGAUCCGGGUCCCUGGGAUAAGAGGCUGGUGAGGACGGCGGAUUUGUAG